ACGCCUUACCGUGUAGCUCCGUGAAAUACAUCGUUAACAGGUCUUGUGUCGGCCUGAAAACGAAUUAUCGAGAGACACAAAGAGCUUUUAAAGCGUCGGAAGAAAAGGAGAGACGAGAAAAUGCCGCAUAACUUCCAGCCCGGGGACCUGGUCUUCGCCAAAAUGAAGGGGUAUCCUCACUGGCCGGCCCGGAUCGAGGAUGUAGCUGAGGGGGCUGUGAAACCCCCACCCAAUAAGAUCCCCAUCUUCUUUUUUGGAACCCACGAGACAGCGUUCCUUGCACCGAAAGACCUUUUUGCAUAUGAGAAGUACCGUGAGCGCUACGGGAAACCGAAUAAACGGAAAGGAUUCAACGAGGGUUUAUGGGAAAUCCAGAACAAUCCGCAUGCCUCGUACAGCGCCCCUGCACCUGCCAGCUCGUCCGAAAGCGAGGACAAUAAUGCCGCGGCGGGCAGCGAGGGAGAGGAUGACGAUGACGAGGAGGCGGUGGUGCCAAGGAAAGCCGAAACGGGAAGCGACGAUUCCGAGUCAGGGAGCGAGGAUCAGGGGAGAGGGGGAAUGAAGCGAAAAGCUCCGGCUACCAAGCGUCCGGCAGUAAAGAGGGCACGGGCCUCCUCCAGUGACAGAGAGGAGAGCGGAUCUCCCUCGGAACCUGAACCGUCGCCAACGUCCGACUCCGACUCCGGGAAGAACAGCGACCAGGAUUUCACCCCACAGAAAAAGACCGGAGGACGGGGGGGCAGGAAGCCGGCAGGGAGGGGGCGAAGAAAGAAGGCAUCUUCAGACUCGGACUCGGACUCCGACUCGGGCUCUCAGUCGGAUCAGAGAAUGGCCCGCAGCGACUCGGAAGAGGACGACAAGCCCCGUCCUGCCAUCUCCGGAUCGGAAUCUCAAUCUGGAUCCAAAUCGGAUUCGGAUUCAGCACCCCCUCCAAGGAAAGCGCCCCAGGCACGGAAGAAAGAGAAACCUCCGGCAAAGGCCAGAGGGCGAAAACCCAAACCGGCGCCUGAGAGAGCAGCAUCCUCCUCCUCCUCAGGCAGCAACAGCGACAGCGAGCCGGACCGCAUCAGCGAGUGGAAGCGCCGGGACGAGGAGCGCCGGAAGGAGCUGGAGGAGCGGAGGAAGAGGGAGGAGGCGGAGGAGCUGCGCCGACUCAGAGAGAGGGAGAAAGAGGAAGAGGAGAAGAGGAAGAAAGAGAAGGAGAAAGGAGGGAGGAGGGACAGCAGCGGAAGCAGCAGCAGCUCGGACGAGGGCGUGGACGACCACCCCCUCAAAAAGUCCAAGAAACCCCCGCCGCCCCCCAUCCCCGCCCCCUCAGACUCCGACUCACCGCCGCCCGCUGAGGUGAAAAAAGCAGCCAAGCGUCCAGACAGCCAAAAGAGCAAACAGAAGAAAGAGAAGGACGGGAAAGACAGAAGGGAGAGGGAGAGGAAGGAGAAGAAAGUGCAGCGGUCAGAGGAGAGGAACAGGGCGAGGUCCAAGCCAGACAAACCUAAACGGAGACCGGAGCGUCCUCCGGAGAAGAAAGUGGAGAAGAAAAAAGAACCUUCUCCAGAGGAGAAACUGCAGAAGCUCCACACAGACAUUAAGUUUUCGUUGAAGGUUGACAACCCGGACAUCGAGCGUUGUUUACAGGCCUUGGAGGAGCUGGGCUCCGUACAGGUCACCAGUCACAUCCUGCAGAAGAACUCGGACGUCAUCACCACGCUGAAAAAGAUUCGGAGGUACAAGGCCAGCAGUGCCGUGAUGGAGAAAGCCAGCGAGGUCUACAACAAGUUAAAACUUCAGUUUGUGGGCAAAUCCGAGGGGGCGAAUAAACCAAAACCCGAAAACAAGAGCCAGGAGGACAGCGGGAAAGAGACUCAAAACACAGAAAAUUCAAAGCCUGUGAACGGGGAGUCAGACCAGAAGAAAGAAGGUUCUGAGUUGGAGAAUAACCCAAAGUCGCCUGUCAAAGAGGAGGAGGAGGAGGAGGAGGAGGAGGACCAGGAGCAGUCUGAGCAACAAAAAUCUCCGCCCACAAUCAGGACAAACCCAGAGAGCCCGGCCGAACCACAGACGCGGGUUGAUGACAUCACAGCCGACGGCGCUACCACGGAGACAGAGCCGCCGGCGGUGGAGAGCUGAGAGUCCUGUUGUUUGUGGUUCCACCCCAACUGGCACAUCUCGAAGGAAAAAAUCAUUUCACUCAUUCAUUGCUCUGUGCAGACUCGAUCCUUCUUCUGAAUUGUGUCUUUUUACACACACACACACACAUAUAUCUACACACACAAACACACACACACACACACAUGCGUGUGCACACUCUGGCCGCCUGAAAGACUUCUGCGUUCAUGUUUUUACACCUUCAUAAAUUACGUCAGCCUUUCGUGUCACGUAUGAAGAAAGAGGUGAAACGUUGUGCACUUUUGAACGAGAGUUGAAUGAAAUAAGAGGGGCG